CAGAUGAAGGAAAAACUUUAUUUCAACAAAGCGAAACAGCCUCAAAAUCACAAUCUCGUAUUAUUUUCAUUUGGUGUAUUUAUAUUAAAAUGUAAAAAUUUGUAAACCAGCUUAAUAUAGCGCAAUAUUAACAGACGGAAAUGACGUCAUCAGAUGAAAUUAUUGUUCGCAUAUGGCUCGUUAAGACUCGCACUCCAAAGUAGGCUACAUUGACGUGAUUAUAUGUUUUGACUUACCUUUACAUUCGCGAGGAUAAGCGGUAGAAAAUUAAUGAAUUAAUGAAUAUAACGAAAUCAUCUGGCCAACUCCAGUGCUGUAUAAAUCACCUUGUCAUCGUAACCGGAAGUGACAUCACCAUAGCCUUUGCUAGCAAGGAUUUUGGUUGUUAGCCUCUAAGCUAGCACAUCUAAAUCAUUGCCGUUUCCCCGCAAAACUAAUAACCAUCCCAAACAAAACUUUAAUUUGACGAAAUGCAUGACAUUUGAUUUAUUCAUACUAAAUUGUUAUGUGGGAGCGCUUCAAUAUUUUGUAAUGUCACAAUAACCGGAAGUGUCAUCGUCGUUGCUGUUAGAGUGUAAACUGGCACAUUUCAAAAUAUCGCCCGUUUUUUCGAAUAAAAUUACACUCAGGUGAAAUUUAAUUUUAUGAUAUGUUAUUUGUUUUUAUUACAUGGUAGUUAUUUUGGAGUGUUUCUAUAAGGAAGUUCAUUCUAACCGGAAGUGACGCCAUCGUCUGUGCUUAUAAUAAAUCUGAUUGUUAUUGUUAGCUUGUUAGCUAGCCGACAAGCUCCCAAGAUGGCGACAUGACAGAGUAAUAGCGUCUUAUUACAUGUUUAUGAUGCAGUUAUUACCAGCCUAAAUGCGAUAUUGGCCAUGGAGAAUGGAAACCGGUGUGAGGUUGCAAGCGCAUCCAAGAGCAACUCCGCUUCUCUCCACUUGCAGACUCCCAAAAAUGAAGAGAUUUAUGAAAUAACCAUGCCACUGGAAGAAAGCAGCUUCGAGCAGCAAGGAUUUCUCCAGCAAAGUGAUGCAAACUUUGAUGAGUCUCUGCCGUCUGCUGCCCACUCUUCGGUCAGCAACUCCUUCCGGGCCAUGACCAACCUACGCACGCAGCUGCAGAUUUCUCUGGAGAAAAAUUCCUGGCUGCAGAAGAGAAUCGAGGACCUGGAAGAGGAGAGGGACUUCCUUCGGUGCCAGCUGGACCGCUUCAUCUCUUCCACAAAGAGUCAAGGCGAUGAGCCCAGACGCUUCACCUGGAGAGGGAGGAGAGAGGAUGAACGUCCCGCUGAGCAACAAACGACGGACUCGCCACGCUUCCCCUCUCACCAGUUCCUCCAGCGAAGGCCGGCCGGUGCGAGCGCUGCUCCCGCUGCUCCCGCCAAAAAGCACGUCUCCGACGCCGUAAGCACCCACCUGGCCUCCAUGAACGCUCUGUUUACCUCUGCACCGUCCCAGGCCCUCCUUCAAGGGCUGGGCGCUGCGGGUCACUCAUCCAGCGGCAGCGGCAGCGGCGCCGGCUCCGCCAGCUCCAGCCGAGCACUCCUGAAUGGACACGGCAGCUUAGGAGCAGAUUCCUUUUCGCUCUUGGGAGAAUGUGACGAGUACUUGGAGCAUGAUGGCUACCUGGAGGAGGAGGAAAUGAUGCCAGUUGAGGAUGCCGUCAACAGCAACAAACAGCAGCAGUUCAAGAGAAGGCGGGUAUUCCGAGGCCUUAAAGAGCGGCAAAGAGUAAAAGACGCCGCCGGAGUGCUCUUCCGCUACAAGAAGAUCCUCCUCACAUACCAGCGUCUGAAAAACAUGUCCAAAGCCUUCCAGAUCCACGGCGUGGACCGCAACACGGUGGCUUCCACCACGCCCAUCGCAGAGCUGCUCCUGGUGGCGCCGGAGAAAGUGGCGCUGGUGGGGGAGUUCGACCCCUCCAAGGAGAAGCUGCUGGACUACGCCCGCCGCUGCUACACGGCGCUGGAUGAGGAGACGCUGAGCCGGGUGCAAGCCCUGAAGAAGAACAACCUGCUCCUGCCCAUCUCAUACAGGUUCAGACACUGACCGUCUCAGAGGACGUCUUUUUCACUUUUGUGGUGAUGGCUUUCCUUUUCUUUGGCGCACCGCCGCUUGGGAGACAUCAUGAAGAGCCAAAAGUAGAGAUGCUUGUUAUCUUUUUUUUUUUUUUUUCAAACCGAUAUAAUACACGUCACUACUAUCAGGGGAAGCAGAGUAUAGAGGGGGGAGGAGCAAACAGCUGCGGCCCAGCAGGGUGCACUGUAUUCAGGCGCACGCUCCGAGGACCUGGUGUGACACCACAGAGGUUUCUGGCCAAUCUUUUGUACUUUUCAAACGGCACGAGGUUUAUUUGUGUAUGCUACAUAGUCCCCCCCCCCCCCAACCCCCACCCACUCAUCACACAGCAUUUGGUACAACUAGCACGCAAAAUGUCUUCCUCUUAAAGUAAACAUUUGUUCACAAGUGAGCUCAGAGGAUGUCAGGGGAAAAAAAGGAGCGCUUGAUUUGCGGGUAAUCUCCCCUCAUCGGAGUGUUAUUGGUAAUCGGAGCUACUUUUAAUGUUAAGGGAUUUAUCGGUAUGAUGUCAUGUUAAUUGUCGUGCACCCCAAGUAAAAGGUGAGCUAAUAAGCGUCCACCCAUCACGAGGGACACACUGCAUUCUUGCGAUGCAUUUGUCACGUAUUCUUUCACGGGAACGUGUUGGUAGCGACUUCUCAAGCACGUCCGGUGGCUCCAGACCAAAAUGACAUUAUGAGCAUAAACAAAGAGGCAUCCAGACCUAUGGACAAUUCCGACUCUUCACUUAGUCUAACAUGCAUGUGUUUUGGGGUACAACAUGCAACCACUAGUCCACUCCGUGACCCUCAUGAUGCUCACUUUAUUAUGUUCCACUCUAUGUGAUGUAAAAUCUGAUUUAUGAGGUUAGGCUAACAUUUGGAUACAGUAAUAAUUCAAACUAUACAGCUAUGUGGCUUCACACGGUUUUUUUUUCGAGUGCACUGAUUUUGUACCGUAAUGUUUGUAAGAAAAACGCAGCCCGUAUUUAUAUUCAAUGUGGUGUUUUUUUGUGUGUCUUAUUUGUAUUUUUGUCAACCUUCCUUCUAUCACUUGCCCUUUUAAAGUGUCGUCCAACAAUUAAAACAAAUUUGGAUUUUGAAAAA